UAUUACUUCCUUGUUCUUUCAAAUGCCAUGAGGCCACUCUAGCACUGAUUCUCACAAAAAGAUGCAAAAGGAAGCAGUUGACGUGUGAGCAGCCUUUACCCCGCACCACACUGAAAUCAGAUAUCAAAGUCUCAUCAGGAUUCAAAAUGCGUUUGUCUUUACAGAAACUGGUCGGCGUGACAAUUCUUUUGAGCGCCAUAAUCUGCACCAUCACCUUAAAUAAAAGCCCUUACUAUGAUUUAAAAAAAAUAGUUAACAUUACCUUAAUAGAGCAGUUUUUGCACAAAGAACCAUGUGCGUGUUUGGAAGGCUGCUUGGCUGCGACUGAAGAUGAGUGGUUUAAGAAACGCUUCAGAGAUGAUAUUCCACCUCUGCUUUCUCUCAAAAACAGCGAACUAUCCGACAACAUCACUAACUGGUGGCAGCAACUACAGUCGACCAAGAUCAAGACUGAAUGCAAGCAAGCGAUUGAGGAGCUGUUCGAAGUGAUUCCCAAAGAGGGACACUACAGAGACGCUGGACCAGAUCGCUGCCGAACCUGUGCCGUGGUGGGAAACUCUGGGAACCUUUUAGAAUCGCACUACGGCCCCCUUAUAGACAACAAUGACUUUGUAAUGAGGAUGAAUAAGGCACCAGUUAAAGGCUUUGAAGAUGAUGUGGGAUCGAGGACCACCCACCGAAUUAUGUACCCGGAAACUGCCGUCCAUCUGGAUAACACCACACACCUGGUGCUCUUACCUUUCAAAAUACUGGAUAUCCAGUGGGUUACCAGUGCUCUUACCACUGGAACCAUUAAAAAAACACGGUUUAAGGUUAUAGACAAACUGCAAGCCAAUAAAGACAAGGUUAUGGUUAUGCAUCCUACUUUUAUGCACUAUGUGCACACCUCAUGGCUGCAAAUCAAGUCUCGACGUUCAUAUCCAUCCACGGGUUUCCUUGCCCUGAUGUUUGCGCUACACGUUUGUGAUGAGGUCAACGUAUUUGGAUUUGGUGCAAACAGUACGGGGACCUGGAAUCACUAUUUUGGAGGAUUGGCCAAACGUUUCAAGGGGACUGGUAAACACAGCGGAGGUCUUGAGUCCAAUGCCAUUAAAGAACUGACAAAAAGGAAUAUAAUCACUUUAUACAAAGGGUGGUGAGGAGGACUGUGAUUAUCAUGAAUGUGUUUAAUUUAUUAUUCAUAUUUAAGCUGUUCUGUUGUAUAUUUCUCAUACUGAUUACUUUGAACAUGCGUGAGCAGUAUGCACAAUACAUAAAUGCUUACAUUGUUAAUUGAUUGGUAAAAGCUUUAAAAA